AUGGGGAAUGAUGCUAUAAGUAGAGCCUUGCGCCAAAUCUCUAGGUCAUCUUUUACGCACCGAAUUAAAAGGGUUAAACUCCCACACCGCUUUGCCCAACCGACGUUCACCAUCUACAAUGGAAGGACCAACCCCAUAGAGCAUGUGAGUCAUUUUAACCAAGGAAUGGCCAUCCACUCCAAGAAUGAGGCUCUCAUGUACAAAGUGUUUGCCUCUAGCCUCUGGCAUGUUGCCAUGAGGUGGUUUGAUGGGUUAGAGGAAGGCUCAAUAAGUUCUUAUGAAGGGCUGACUAAAGCCUUUGGAGCCAGGUUUCUGACUUGCAGUAGGGUAACUAGGCCCCUAGACUCUUUGCUGUCUAUGACAGUGAGAGAGGGGGAGACACUAAUGACUUAUUCUGACUGUUAUUGGGAACUUUUUAAUGAAAUUGAUGGAGAUUUUGAGGAUAUGGCUGUCAAGACCUUCAAAGUGGGGUUCCCUAUGAAUUAUGACUUGAGGAAAUCCCUAACCAUGAAGCCUACUCGAAGUUUGCACCAGCUGAUGGACUGUAUUGUUGAGCACAAACGGGUCGAAGAGGAUCAAAUGCAGGGUAAAUGA